CUUCCAAUUAUUAUAUACUUUCAUUCAGAAAAUUAUUCCACUUAUAAUAUAAUAUUACCACAAGUAUUCCUUUGUUCAGUUAAUUAUUAUAUUAUUGGUUUAAUUAGCAUUAUUAAUAUGGCAAAAUUUGCCAUUUGGUUUUUUGCAUUAUCAUUAGUUCUUCUAGCUUCGGUGUCAGUAAGCUUUGCUGCCGUAGUGGAGCAUUCUUUCAAUGUGGAAGAUGUGAGUGUGAGGAAGCUAUGCCGUGACCAAGUAAUAACAGCAGUAAAUGGAAGCUUACCAGGCCCAACCAUAAAAGUUAACGAGGGUGACACUCUUGUCGUCCAUGUCUCUAACAAAUCUCCAUACGACGUUUCUAUUCACUGGCAUGGAAUAGUGCAACUUCUGAGUGCAUGGGCAGAUGGACCAGCAUAUGCAACCCAAUGUCCCAUCCGCCCUGGACAGAGCUAUACAUACAGAUUCAACGUCACCGGUCAAGAGGGAACCCUUUGGUGGCACGCCCACGUUGGGUGGCUGCGAGCCACCGUCUACGGCGCCCUCAUCAUCCACCCCAAAUCCGGCCGAUCCUACCCUUUCCCUAAACCCCACAAGGAAGUACCUAUCUUACUAGGGGAGUGGUGGAAUGCUAAUGUGAUCGAUGUUGAGAACGAAGGCCUUGCCGUUGGUGCAGCUCCUAAUAUCUCUGAUGCUUACACUAUCAAUGGAAAACCAGGCAAUCUAUACAACUGCUCUUCAAACGAUAUGUUCAAGGUCAAGGUAGAGCAAGGUAGGACUUACUUGCUAAGGAUAAUCAAUGCUGCACUCAAUAACCAACUCUUCUUCAAGAUAGCCAAUCACAACAUGACAGUCGUAGCAAUUGAUGCGGCCUACACUAAUCAAUACGACACCGAUUAUAUUGUCGUUGCUCCCGGUCAAACGACAGACGUUCUUUUCAAAGCUGACCAGUCAGUUGGGUCGUAUUACAUGGCAGCCCAUCCAUACAUCACAACUCCUCCAACGAUUGAAUUUGACAACACAACUACGAGGGGUGUCAUCGAAUACAAGGGCUCCACAUCAGACUCGGCUCCAGUGAUGCCGACCUUACCAGAUUUCUUCGACACAACCAGGGCCCACCGAUUCUACACCAACCUGACUGGACUCGUUGAUGGGCCCCAGUGGGUCCCGGUGCCACUCCACGUGGAUGAGAACAUGUUUGUGACAUUCGGUCUCAACGUGGAGCGAUGUCCAGAGAACGCCACGUGUGAAGGCCCCUUAGAAGGGAGAUUCUCUGCGAGCAUGAACAACGAGUCAUUUGUGCUCCCUAAUAAGACUUCUAUGCUUGAGGCUUUUUUCACAAACCAACGGAAAGGCGUGUACACUACAGAUUUCCCUGACGUGCCUCCAUUGGAGUUUAAUUACACGAGUCCGUUGAUUAGUUUUAACCAAUCGUUGAUUUACGCGCCAAAAUCGACCAAGGUGAAGAAAUUGAAAUUCAAUUCGACGGUGGAGAUGGUGUUGCAGAAUACGGCGUUUUUAACGGUGGAGAAUCAUCCAAUUCACAUACAUGGUUUCAACUUCCACGUGUUGGCUCAAGGAUUCGGCAACUAUGACGCCGUUAAUGACCGUCAAAAAUUCAAUCUUGUGAAUCCACAAAUUCGUAAUACCAUUGCUGUCCCUGUUGGAGGUUGGGCUGUGAUUCGCUUCCAAGCUAAUAAUCCAGGUGUAUGGCUAGUACACUGCCACUUGGACGUGCAUCUGCCAGUUGGCAUGGCCAUGGCGUUUGAGGUUGAGAAUGGGCCCACUCCAUCAUCUACACUGCCUCCUCCACCGUCCGAUCUACCCAAAUGUUAAACUUGAAAAAAUUCUACACUAAAUUAUUGCCCAUUUUUAUUAAUUUAUUUCAAAUACUCUUAUUAAUGUUUACUACAAAUAUAAAAACGUUUCAAAUCGUUUGUAAUUGUCCAUUUUCUCACUAUUCUUUUUUUUUCUUUCUUGAAUAAUGUAUACUUCUGUUGUAUAUUUUACUUACGUGUGUUGUUUGAAUAAAAUCACAAUUUAAUUUUUUA